GAAUAACAGGACGCGUGUUCAGGCGGGGCUUUAGUGAGGCGUUUUGCAGUCAGUUGAGUCAAACUCUCAAUCCAGCGCGAGACGGGGGACUGCACUGCAUUCAGUCUGCAGCCUUUUCCAUGAUGCCGUUGUUGGAUUUGAAAGCUCCAUUCCCAGUAAUCCAUGCUAAGGAUUUUUACCUGACUUAAGAAGCACUUCAUGGCAUUACAUCAUAAAAAAUUCGGAUACUGAGCUACACUAGUACUCCAGAGCCCCUUAGUGGACCAGAGGGUGGAUUGCACUGGUGGGAAACAUUGAGCCAGAGACCAGGACCAUGGCUAAUUCGGUGAACUCGAAUCUUAUAGCAAAGCACUACAAUUUUACUGGAAAAUUCCGUACGGUAGAAGAGUUUCCCGGACUCAAGGUUGACUCUCUGCUGUUUAUCAUUGUGUGCUGCUUUAUCAUUUUAGAGAAUGUGUUGGUGCUUCUCACCAUUUGGCGGACCAAAAAGUUCCACAAGCCUAUGUACUAUUUUAUUGGGAACUUGGCACUUUCGGACUUGCUGGCUGGAGUUGCAUACACAGCCAACAUCCUGCUCUCGGGAGCGAAUACAAAUAAACUGAGUCCCACGCAGUGGUUCUUCCGUGAGGGGAGCAUGUUUGUAGCGCUGGCUGCUUCGGUCUUCAGCCUCUUGGCCAUCGCAAUCGAGCGGCACCUUACUAUGCUCAAGAUGAAGCUUCACAACAGUGGAAACACGUGCCGCGUCUUCAUGCUUAUCAGCACCGUCUGGUUGAUUGCAGCCAUCCUUGGUGGCUUACCCGUUAUGGGCUGGAACUGUAUCGACAGCAUGAAGAAUUGCUCAACCGUGCUUCCACUCUACCACAAGACCUACAUAUUGUUCUGCACCACCGUGUUCAGCGUGAUCCUCAUGGCCAUCGUGGUGCUCUACGCCCGGAUUUACGCCCUGGUCCGCACGCGUAGCCGCAACCUCGUCUUCCGCAAGGUCUCGAAUGGCCGCGGGAGUGGGAACAAGAGCUCGGAGAAGUCCAUGGCCCUUCUCAAGACGGUCAUCAUUGUCCUAAGCUGCUUUAUUGCUUGCUGGGCACCACUGUUCAUCUUGCUCCUUCUGGACGUAGCCUGCGAGAUCCGCAGCUGUGAUGUCCUCUACAAAGCCGAGUGGUUCCUCGCUCUGGCCGUGCUGAACUCGGCAAUGAACCCUCUCAUCUACACGCUUACCAGCAACGAGAUGCGCAGGGCUUUCCUCAAGAUGCUGCUGUGCAGCGCGUGUACUCAGCCCGCUGGAAAGUUCUCCAGACCCAUUAUUGGGGCAGAGUUCAGCCGGAGCAAAUCAGACAAUUCGUCGCAUCCCAACAAGGAAGAGCCUGAGUACUCACCCAGGGAGACGGUCGUGUCCUCCGGGAAUAUCGCAUCCUCGUCGUAAGAAAAAGGGCCUGUGGACAUUUUCUUGCCUUUUUUUAAAUAGUGAAUGUAUGCGUAAGCGUGUGGAGAUUCCACUGGACAGUUGGUUUAAUCCUCACUGCUUUUGUUCCGUAUGUCAGAAUAGAGCUUCGUUUUUGUUUUUUGUUUUUUAUCUGACUAAUACCCUCGUGUACAACAGUGUUAACGGAUCAUACAGACUUUCGCUUAAAGUCAGGCCAGGACACAGUGGGACAACGAACCAGAGAAGUUUUGGGGUCAUUUUGGUUCCUCAGAUGAUUCCUUACCCACAUGCUGUGAAACUGUGCUGUAGGUAUUGAUUUUAAUUAUGGUUCAGGACAUGCACAAAAUUUGAACAUCCACAAAUGGGUCUGAGCGCAUGGAGUCUAUAUGCACUUGUCUGAUACGGUUUUAAGAUCGGAUCCGAAUUACUAAAAACAAAAAAUAUCUAGAAAAGCUUUUAUGUGUAAAUUGGCCUGGAUUAUAGUGUGCAGUACAGUGUGUUUGGAUUUAAGGUUGUAUUAACAUUCAACAUUACAACAGUUUUUAAGAGAACAUUUUAACUGGGAGAAACAGACUGCAACAAGAAAAAAAUAUAUAUUUUUUUUACCCUGAACUGCAAAAAAUCUGAAAGAAGUUCAAGAAUCUUGAAGGUCAAUGCACCACUGAAACGUCUUCCUCCGAAUGCAGAAAUGCACUUACCAACCUGAGCUCUGUAAACCUAUUAAUCAGUAUUACCCACUGUGUGUGUGUGUGUGUGUGUGUGUGUGUGUGUGUGUGUGUGUGUGUGUGUGUUUUACCACGUGGAAACGUUCUAAUUUUAAGGAACGUUUAGAAUAGCACUUGUUGUAAAAGUGCUCUUUAAGAGCCAUCUUAGGCCUUUUACUGACUCAUUAUAAUGUAUAUUUGUUUAUGGGGCUUGUUUUUUUCACACACAUCAUCAUAUCAUGCGUUAAAGUUCCGAAUAACAGAAAGAAACAGGGUGAAAAUGAACUUGAGGAAGUACAGUAAAAAAAAUAACAAAGAAAAAAAAACGAACGACCCAUAAAAGGUACUCAUGUUUCUUUGACCUAACAUCAUGCUUAUAGUGAAACUUCUACUUUUCUGAUCGAGAAUGUAUUUAAUUUUCCUAAAUGUCCGAAUCCACCGUUCGUCCGUCAGCUGUAGAAAUUCCGUUAGCGUGUAAAGUAGUUCGCUAGUAUUAAUUUAUCUUGAAUAAACUCGUAACCUGAAUGAGGGUUGAAUUCCAAUGUGGUAUUAAUGUGUCAUGAAUUUAAGGUAUUUUUUUUAUACCACUCUAAUAUUUUUGUAUUUUUUGGGGUUUGUUGUGUCCUUGCUAGUUAAUGCAUGCGCGCAAAUUUGCUUCGCGUUAGCGAACUAGCGUCAUUCCGAUGAGUGGAAAUGAGGAAGGAGGGGUCUGGGGUUACAAAUAAACCAUUCAUCACAGACAAACCAUCAUCAUCUUCCUAAUUGUUACAACAUAUGUACUGAAUAUAUAGUAUAUGGGUCCAAAUGUGUCACUUAGCGAUCCAGAUUCAGGUCAGUCACAAGCCUGUUUUGUUCCUGUGGGGUUUCUUUUGCACAUUGUAACACCUGUGUCUGUGUUUUGUUAGCUUGUCAAUAAAUAUUUGCUGUAAAAAAAAAA